AUGCGUGUUUUUCCUCAACAACAAAUCUCUUCAGCAAAUCAGUCAACGAUUCAACAUGUUGCAUCAUUGGAUACAUCUAAUCCGUCUGCUCAACCACAAAGGGGCAAACGAGAACCAUGUCGUUUCGAUUGGGUAGAAUCUCCAUCGAAUAAAUGGAUACAUUUAGCACUUUGGUGGUGGAUUCAACCCAUUCUUUCAUUAGGAAAUAGACGCUCACUUAUUGACGACGACUUUAGCGAUAUUUCCAUGAAUGACAAGUGUUCUGUUUUAUUAAUCAAAGCCGAUUACGAUAUUUCUAAAUGGCCAGGUACAUGGAAUGUUAUCAGACAAACAUUUAUGAAAGAUUUCUUUGAAACCAUGGCGACCAUAUUAGUAUAUACUGCUACACGUAUUGCGCAGCCACUACUCAUUCGUGAACUCAUUGUCUACAUUAGUAAUGCAUCAAAUCUACCGACUUAUAUUGGUUAUGUAUCAGCUGUUGGUCUAGGUAUUAUUUCUAUUGUCCAAGCCAUUAUUUAUCAACAAACAUUUUUUCAGAAUCAACGAGUAGGAAUUCGGAUUCGCAAUACAUUAAGCUGUGCAAUUUAUCAACGUUUAAUGAAGAUUAAUCAAGGGGGAAAUAGCGGACUCCAGGACUCCAGGACUCCAUUGGACUCCAUUGGACUCCAUUGGACUCCAAUGGACUUCAAAUGGACUCCAGUCUUCUCUGGAGUUCAG